UAGAGAGAAGACACGGUUCCAUGUGCAGACCUGCUCCCUCUCCUGCAUCGCCAGCCUCGAAUCCCAGGACAUCACUAGGACAGGUGAAAACAAAACCCUGUCUCAGCGGCCAUAACUCUGCCAGCAGCACCUCAAAGCCAUUCAAAACGCCCAAAGACAAUCUACUUACCUCCAGCAGCAAACAGCACACAGUCUUUUCUGCAAAAGGAUCAAGGGAUAAACCAUGCGUUCCGGUUCCUGUAGUCAGUUUAGAGAAAAUUCCUAACCUAGUGAAGGCAGAUGGUGCCAAUGUCAAAAUGAACUCUACAACCACUACUGCAGUCGCCGCCUCCUCCACCUCGUCCUCUGCCAUCUCCACCCCACCUUUAAUUAAGCCGGUCUUGAUGUCCAAGUCAGUGCCACCUUCACCAGAGAAGAUCUUAAAUGGCAAAGGAAUUUUGGCAGCCACCAUAGACAGGAAACACCAAAAUGGCACCAAAAACAGCAAUAAGCCUUACAGGAGACUUUCAGAGAGAGAAUUUGACCCAAAUAAACACUGUGGAGUAUUGGAUCCCGAGACAAAGAAACCUUGCACAAGAUCCCUCACCUGCAAGACACAUUCGCUAAGCCAUCGGAGGGCAGUCCCAGGCCGGAAAAAGCAAUUUGACCUCCUCCUGGCAGAACACAAAGCCAAGUCCCGGGAAAAAGAAGUUAAAGAUAAAGAGCAUCUCCUGACUUCAACAAGGGACAUACUUCCAAACCAAUCUGGGCUGGUACAGGAUUCUCUGCCAGGAUCUUCAGGGAGCUCUGGGCCAGAACAGAAAGUCGCCUCUCCUGCUAAGUCCAGGCCACCGAAUUCUGUCCUCCCUAGGCCAUCAUCUGCAAAUAGCAUAAGCAGCAGCACGUCUUCAAAUCACAGUGGCUACGCACCAGAGCCUCCUGUGCCCCCAGUUGGAGGUGACCUCGCAAGUCGAUUGUCCAGUGAUGAAGGGGAGAUGGACGGAGCAGACGAGUCCGAGAAGUUAGACUGUCAGUUCUCCACGCACCACCCCAGACCUCUCGCGUUUUGCUCAUUCGGGAGUCGCCUCAUGGGACGAGGGUACUAUGUGUUUGAUAGAAGAUGGGAUCGUUUUCGAUUCGCACUAAACUCCAUGGUAGAGAAACACUUGAAUUCACAGAUGUGGAAGCACAGAAGCCCGAGCCACAGGGCAUCAGGUCCCUCCCCCCUGUUCAGGACUUGCCUAACCAAUCUGCUGUCACUGAGCAACAUUGGGGCUGCCUGGGUGUCAACUCUGGAGAGCGUAGCACCCCGCUGCCCUCUCAACCUCGCUGCCCAAACCCCAGGCCCCGACGGGCCCGAACCUGGAGGGAUGGCAGCCGAUGGGGGCGUGGAAGACAUUAGGAAGAAAAGGAACGGCCAAGACUCUUUUUUCUUUAACAAGCAUUUAACUCUGCAUCAGGAGACGCCAACACAGUAUUCUCUUUCAGCCAGGAAGAUCCCUCCUGCGGCAGAUAGCCCCAUGCCCUCGCCAGCAGCCCACAUCACCACCCCCGUUCCAGCAUCCGUUUUGCAGCCUUUCAGCAACCCCAGUGCUGUGUAUCUGCCUUCAGCUCCCAUCAGCUCGAGACUCACCUCUUCUUACAUAAUGACAUCAGCCAUGCUCUCAGACGCAGCUUUUGUGGCAUCGCCGGACCCACGCGUCCUCAUGUCCCACACCACAGCUUUCCCUCAUGUGGCCGCAACCCUCAGCAUCAUGGACUCAACCUUCAAGGCCCCAUCCGCCGUGUCCCCGAUACCAGCCGUCAUCCCUUCCCCAUCCCACAAGCCAUCCAAAACCAAAACCAGCAAAUCCUCAAAAGUCAAAGACCUGGCUGCCCGCAGCGACGGGUCUCCAAGUAACAAAAAGAGGAAGCCGCAGUCUUCGCCUUCCUCCUCCUCCUCUUCCUCCUCCUCCUCCUCCUCCUUGUCCUUGCAGACUUCCCUCUCGUCUCCAUUGUCAGGGCCCCACAAAAAGAACUGUGUUCUGAAUGCCAGUUCCGCGUUGAACUCCUAUCAGGCGGCCCCUCCCUAUCACAGCCUUUCUGUGCACAACUCAAACAAUGGGAUGAGCCCACUCAGUGCCAAACUGGAGCCCUCAGGACGGACCUUGCUGCCCGGCGGUCCCGCGGACCUAGUGAGACAGGUGGGCGCGGUGGGUGGCAGCAGCGACUCCUGUCCCCUCUCUGUGCCCUCCCUUGCGCUCCACGCAGGGGACCUCUCUCUGGCCUCACACAAUGCCGUGUCUUCUCUGCCCCUCUCUUUUGACAAAUCAGAAGGAAAAAAGCGUAAGAACUCAAGUUCUAGUAGCAAAGCCUGUAAAAUCACUAAAAUGCCUGGUAUGAAUAGCGUUCACAAAAAGAACCCACCCGGCCUUCUUGCACCGGUGCCCGAUCCCGUUAACAGCACCUCCUCUCGGCAGGUUGGGAAAAAUAGCAGCCUAGCUUUGUCACAAUCCAGUCCUUCAAGCAUAUCCAGCCCAGGACACAGCCGACAGAAGAACACAAACAGAGCGGGCAGGAUAAGGACUCUUCCAUAACAAGACUAUGAAGCCGCUUCCAAACCCAUUCCUGGCCACCUGAUCCCAACCCAGGAGGCCAUGGCAGAAGGAGGAGGGAGGGAAUGGGCCAUGGGGAAAACUCUGUUUCCUGUGCCCUGCCUGUGGCUCUGGCCCUUUUUGUUUUUUUUUUUUGUUUGUUUGUUUGUUUUUUGGUUUUUUGUGUUUUUUUUUUAAUUGACCAAUUUUUAGUUUUGCAGAAAAAGAAAAAGGCAAAAGAACGUGAAUUUGAGAUUUACAGAAAACAAUACCAGUGUUUUGUUUCCAUUGUCUUUCAUUUGCCACAUCUAUACAUUCUUCCAAAUUUGGGGUCCCCCCCACCAGCUCCUGACACUGCUGUUACACCGUGAUUUUCCUCCAGCCAAGAGAGCAAAGGUUGCAGAAUGUCAGUUCCAGGUUGGCACCAUCGGAAGCUCUUGACCCCGAGUACAUGCAAAGCUCUUCUCCUUCCAUGUCCUCUCCCACUCAUCCCUUCCAACUUCCCACCUGCCACUCCCCGUGUCACCACUGGCCAUCAGGAAGAGCUGGCUCUCACCAGCUCCCCUCCUGAGGAGCCUGUGCUUAGGGAGCAGAGAGCUGGGGAGGGGAGGGGGUGGAGGCGGUGUCCUCAUGAGGUUUCUGCAGCCCACCACCACGGGAGCUGAGUGCUAGGGACAGAAUUGAGAAGGGCAGCCAACUAUGGAUGUGGCCUACUCAAUACCACUAUCCAGCUCAGAAAGGAUGUGUCAGCGCUGGGACAGACCUGGGAAAGUGGAAACAGACCAAGGGUGAAGGGUAAAAUCCCUCAGAAGAUGGUGGAAAUGGGUGACUGUCUUGGUCUGAGCUCGUUAGGAAUCCACUCUGCAGAAUCACUUUCAGGGUACAGUAUGCAAGUGUCCAAAGCUGAGUGAGCCAGAGAGGGAGAAAUUCAAGGAAAAAGCCAUGGAACCCAGAACCCAGAAAGCCACUCCAUGAGGAGCCAUGGUGACCACAGCCGCUGCCUUCCAGGGCUAGAAAGGGUCCCCCAGGGAAAGUUUCAGUGGAGGGUUAUGUACAAACCCCCCUGUGAGGAUAAAUACUAGCAUUCCACCUACCCCUGAGCCCUGGACCACAGAGACCCAGCAAGAUCAGGACACCCAUAGAUCAGCUUGCACUGCGUUACCAGAUGCCCCAAUUCAGACAGCCACCCCAGGAAGGAGUGGUAAGGAUGAGCACCACUGAGCGAAGAAGAGCCAUUGGAAGAACCUGCAAAGAGAAGCUGGAGCCCUACAGCUAUAAAACUGCACACGGGAGUUUUGAAAGAAACAGCAAGACCAGAGCUCUACUAGGAAAUCCUAAGCAGGAAAGAGAUUCACGAUAUAAAAUAGAUGUUCCAUGUUUCUAAUCGUGUAUCUUGGCAAACGAUAUGGAGCAGAAGCACAGGAGGUUUUGCUCCAUCCUAAAUCAGAAAUGAAUGCAAGUUUCACGACUGGGCACAGCCUUCAUCCCCAUCCUAUUUUCCUUCUGUUUCCCAUUCCCCCAACCCAAAGAUCAGACUACUGUUACCUUUCACCACCAUGGGAAUCCGGAAAGACAGACGGGAGGCCAACAGAGUGGUUUGCAUCAAUGGAAUUGCACUGACAGUGUUUCUUAUAGGAUUAUUCCAUUUUUUAAAUAGAAUAUGAGGAUGUUUUUAAGAAAUCAGGAGUUGAUAUUAAGUACCAGGAUAUUUGGAUGAUUUCAUUUUUAUUUCUACAGUGUUAAAAGUGCACUUAUAUGCUGGUUUAUUUACGUCUUGGGAAAAAGAGACUGCAAGUUGAAGGGACAAUUGUUACUUUUUCUUUUAAAAAAAUGUUAAGGCAGAUUUUAAGACUUAUAAAUGUUUAAGAAAUUAUAAAUAAGGUUAGACCCUUUGGGAAAAAAAAGUUUAGAAGAUAUUCUUAAAGUAAAUUUUUAUAGUGUUAAUUUUGUAAUAAUUUAUGUUUUACUAUAUUACAGAGCUAACUGACCAGAAUAGUUUCAGAAACAAUAUGAAACUUAGGAAAGUUUUAGCAAUGUUUAUAUUUUUUAAAUGUUCUUUGAAUUAUGUUUUUAUUGUACAUUUCUCCUGACUGAAAAGUAUGUACAUAUCUUUGUUAUUUUUGCACAAUUUUUGUCUCGUUUGGUUUUAGAAGUCUGUUUUUUUUAUAUAUAUAUAAUUUAUUUUGAGUUGUAAAACUUGCAGGAGUAAAAACAAAACAAAUCUCAGCAACAAAAUAACCCUCUGAUUUACAAACUCUUAUGCUCACAGAGGGAAAACAAAGGUUGAGAGAUUAAGUGGCUGCUUCUGAGAAAUAAUGUUUCAACAGGGACUAAAGGAGCAAUCCAUUUGGUUUAAACAUUUUAGCUCUCUAUUUCUUGAAUUGGAAGCUGGAAUAAAGAGGCUCCUCACCGAAUGCUGCUUACUUGGUUGAGAAACUGGCUGUGACCGAGGUGAGGACAUUUCUGGAAAACUGAGCAAAAAGGGAAAACCCACAGUAUUUCUUCCUUCGCAAUCACCCACAGGUUUACUUUGUAAUGAUGUAUUAAAAAAAAAAAAAAAACUCGCAGAUUGAAACAUGGAAUGCAAAUAAAAGGGUUUUUUGGUUUUUGAGUUUUUUUAGUUUGUUUUAAUGGAAUUAAACUGGACCAGACUACAGAGCAUUUAAAAAGGGUAAUAUCCUUUGGGUCUUUCUGUUCCACACGCCCCACUCAGCCCCUUGACUGCACACACCUUUAUUUGCCUGAAGAUCUUCUGACUCGUCGCCAGCCAUAGAGGCUCGAAAGCUCUGGUUGUUAAGCCUAACGCAAUGCAUAGACCUGUCAGCCAUAAAAAUUAAUUUAAAAAAGAAAAGGAAAAGAAAAGGAAAGAAAAAAAAAGCAACUUGGAUAACUUGUAUGCCUUCUUUUGUAUCAAUGUACCAAUUGUAAAUAACGCUGAUCAACUUUGUAGAGAAUAGUUUAUACGGCAUAUUCUAUUAUUGCUGAUUCUCAGUGAACUCUUGUUUUCAAAAAGGAAAAAAAAAGAAAUUUUCUAUUUACACCUUAUAUUUUGUUAUGCUGUAGGCCCAUGGCACUUUAACAAAACUCUGUGGGUUUUACGUAGCUGGUCAGUCAUGGGGAAUAUUAAAUAACUGUUGUUGCACAGACGAGAAUUUGCACCUGCCCACUUGUCCUUUCCUACUACCGAUUUUAGAAACUUUUCCAGCAGAAUUUUGAAGAAAGCAUGUCCAAUCAUUCUAAACAAACGCCACACUCGUGGAGUGGGUUUCUUUUCUACGAUCCAUAUUUUGUAACACUAAGUAUUUUCCUCCUUUGUCCCGCAC